GACGUAAAAGCCAUUCGUGACCAUGUAAGCCUGGCCCUCAAAGACGGCACUUAACGAGUAUCAGCAAUGUAACCGUGGUCAACCUUAUUUUAUCAUAACUUGGCAACGCUAGUCGAGCGGCACACUGCUCGUACGCCACUUACGUCAGCAGCGUCGUAAUGGACCAUCAGGACUAACAGCGCCGGUGUCAGGUUCGUGAACAUAUUUUAUGUCCCUGGCCAGUUUUGCCGGUUCUGUUUUUGUUCAGAGUUCAUGCUUACCUCAGUUUAUUCAGUCUCCAUCAUUUUUGUCACGCGAAUUUACUCUCCUGGUACAUUGAAAGGGAAAAUGGACGAAAAUAUGAUCUUGUAACCAAUUACUAGUUCUAAACACGUGUAGUCGCGGUAAAGAAGUAUCUAUGUCUCGUCGUAAUCAAUUUACCUCUGGCCAAUCCUGUACACUGACGCGCAAAAAUGAGCAUUGCCUCGAUAGAUUAGGCUCCUAUAGUGAAAAUAAUUUAGGCUAGAAGGUUGGCUGGGCCUCUGAGUUAAGAAAAUAUUUUUUGCCGGUAUUCCAUUGACUUAUUUAGUUGUUUAGCUCGGUCAAAUUUGUCGCUAAAUGUUAUGAUCUGCAUGGCGUGGUACACUAACAGAAUCGUUAAAAUCGUAAAAUUAUUUUACAUGAGUUUAAAAGCCUUUGUUGGACCGCAGAAGAAUAUGAAAGUGAUUUACACGAGGUUUACUAAUAUUUACUUUUUCUAUAUAUUGAAUCAGAAACUCGAAACUGACCAAAGUAUGCUCAAUGACAUUGUCUUGCCCAAACCACGAGACUUCAAGAACCCAAUACGUUGUGGUCAAAAAUAGGUUGAAUUUAAUUUAACUCCCGGGUUUUAUUAAUAAUUCUCUACUUCGAACAGACAAGUUUAACUGUCUCAGUAAGCCGGUUAUUUCUCUCUUUUGUUUCUACUCCGCCGCUAUAUUGCUUUGUUGGGUACUUUAAAACUGGUUUGGCAGGGAAGGACGCUAUUUUUGGAAACUACGCAAUGUCACAAGAGGGGGCUAACUAGGCUAACGGGUUUAAAAAAAUUUUACCCUCCCCUCCCUGAUAGGCUUUUAGCGCACUAUAAAUGCGCGCGUUCGCGAGCGUGUGAGUUGACAUGACAGCCACUGCCGGCUGGUUAACGAGAACGGACUCACAUUUAUUAUGAUUUGUUUUUAGCAAAGACCAGCGAAGGUAGUUGGCCGACUGGUGAAAGGCGCAGAGUUAAGAAAGAGGGCUGAAGGGUUUGAAAAUCCAAUGGAUUCUGACGCAACAUCGAAGCAACCGUCGGGAGCGAGUGAGAAAUCCUCUUUGCGCUUCGACGUUAACCAAGUGCAUUUAGAUCCAAAUGAAGCUGACGAAAAGGAAGAUCACAGUCCUAGGAUGGAUUUCCCUGAGCCCGAAUCGCCAGAUCGUCCUCUCUCUGUUCACGAUGCCACGUCGACCAUCGGUUAUGCGACACACGAUGCAGUUCCCAUGACAGUAUUCUACAGAAAUGAGAAUUCCAACUCGAAUACGACGAAAAAAUCGCGACCGACACUUCGCGAGUUGAGGAAAGGAUUCGAAGAAGACCAUGAGCAACAGGUAUGCGAACAAUUUCCUGCCUAUCAAUUUAAAACAGCGAUGAUAUUUUGUUUGGUGCGUACACAUGUAAUUCUCCUCUCUAUAAAUGCAUGACUAAUAAUGCCAUCUUCCCGUCAAAUUCGCGCGCGAACCGAUUUUUAAAAAAAUUAUCUUUUUGUUUUGGUAACACCCGUUAUCGAGUGCAUCAGCUACACCGGCGUUUCUUUGCGAUUUAACUGGGAAUUAAUCUUCGUGCAAUACAUGUAGCUUAAUACAAAAGGUUAAAAUUGCUCAAUAAAAACUUCUUAUUCACUCCUGUUUGCGUUGUCAAGAGUGAAACGUGAAACUGGAUAAUUUGUUGUCGUAUUCAGCUGUCGUAUAGCUAGAUUAUUCUUAUCGAUUAUUUAUGACAUAAGGCAUUAGACUUCCAUAACGAUCGAAUGAUAGUCUCGAAAUUCCGGACUAUAUGAUGGGAGAUAACAACUAGAAGUGUACACUUACAGACUUUUAUAAAACUUGUAAGCUUAAUUAAAACCAAAAUGUACUAAUAGUUGAGCUUUCAUAUGAUAAGCACGCACGGAGCUUUAAAACAUGCUUAGAUGUAGAUUUAUUUUUUUUUACGAAGACUUUUCUCAUGGUUUCACUGCAAAGUUUAUCAAACAUAGCUUUCGACCAAUCAGCGUGCGAGAAAUCGCUCAGUUGUUGUAAAAAGCAAUUUUGAACACAUAAAGUGCAGAAAUGUUUCGCAUGAACCAAAAUUUCUUGUUAUAUAAACCAAACUACUAUUUUGACCUUGACUGAAUCGACAACUUGUCUCAAAACAACUUUAUAUCAAAAAAACCUGUAAGCAUGCCAGCUACAGAUGGCUUAUGCUGGACAAAACAUUCUUACUUUGUUUAUAAGGCGAAUAGCACUAUCC